GCUGCACAAGUUGCAUGAGUAUAUCCGACGACUCUCGACUUUUGGGGGUUAGUAGGAGUUACUUUGUGUGUUGAGCCGGUUGAAUCGCGUCGCAGGCUCGGUCCGUUUCUACAGAUAAUACCCAUCGAGACUGUUCUCCCCUUCACACAUAUCCUAACCACUGAAGUCGCGUGUUGUCGUUGCCACAUUGCCCUACAGAGUACAGGUGACCCGUGCAAGAGUUUUCUUUGGAUCCUUGGGCUAGGAUUGCAAAUAGCUGUGAUCUCGAUAGUCAGCGAGUCGAGAAAAGGUGCCUACUCUUCCCGAAGAUCGAGAUUCGUAACCUACGGUAAUCCACAGUCAUGCAGCGCUCCAGUCUGCUGUUCAUGAAGUUGUGUGUUGGACUCCUCAUUCUGGCUUCUUUACUCUCCAGCGCGUCGGCCGAAGCCGAAGAGGUGAACUGUACAACUAAGCCCUGUCAGAAUGGUGGCACUUGUGACAACAUUAACCAUUGCUCAUGUAUCUUCGGGUACAGGGGCAGGCAAUGCCAAUAUGAGCCCACCACCACCCCCACAGACAACAAGAACAACUCGGACACUCUAAGCAGCACGCUGAUCGCAAUCGUCGUUGCUGCUACGGUCGGGCCUUCGCUCUGCCUGAUUGCAGCCAUCGUGUGCUGCUGUUCAGCCUGCUACAGGAGUCGAGCUAAGAAGCAAGCAAACGUGGUGUUUCAUGCCGUAUCUAACAACACCGGGCCAUCAACCGAGCAGCACACGUCUACUUGCAACACGCCAUGGCCAGGGCCGUCGGGCCAGCUCCCGCCUGGGCACAUUGUCCCGGGCCAUACGACCCCGGACCCCCAGGUUCACCACACGUGCACAUGUGCCUGCGGGAAUGCUCUUGUAUCGCAGCAACCGAGUAUUUGCAGUCCAGGACAAAACAGCGUUGGGAACACACCAGGGCAUGCGGUGAGACACAAUCCGUUCCCCAUGCCCGAAACCAGUCCUACUGCGCAUGCUCCCCAGCUGAACAACACUGGAGGCCAGCCAGCCAGCGCGGUGCAGACUGGUAUGUAUACCAACCUUCCAGACACACGUGUGGCCAUCAUGCCCCAUGCUAUGCCACAGCGACAAGCAAGCGUGAUUUCCAGCGCCGAGUACUAUUAUGUCAGCAACAUUGCAGAGCACCGACGCUUGCAGUCCUGCCACGGUGGUCAGCAUGCGGCAACAGGCACACUGCCAUUGUCGGCGGUGGCGACGGGUCAUCAAUUUCCACAGCGCUCUCCCCACGCCCAGUCGAUUCCAGCGGCCGUAGCCAUAGCGCUGCCGGUCACGCCGGGCUUGGUUUUAACGCAGAACGACACGGCCAGCUUGAGCCGUUCCCACUCGCCGAUCCCUCAGCCGCCGCAUCCACCCGGCACAUCACCUCCGCCCCUACCCGCCGACCCAGCCAACGAGAUUGUCGCCGUGGAAACAAGAGCACCCGCCGUCGCCAGGCACUAUGAAGUGGACGAUGACGUUACCACUACAACACUGAAUGACGUAGGCCUUUACGAAGUGGAGGACGAGGGAACGGAUGAUCAUGUGUUUGAGGUGGACAAUGGGACCAUCAGUGUGGGACAGGCUGGAGUGACCAGUAUGACGUCAUUUGGCGUGCCGUGUAGAGGAGGCACGAGCGAUUACCAGGAACUACAGCAACACGACUUAAACUCAUAUGUGUGUUUACAGUGAUACGUUAUCUCGGGUGCGUGGGAAUAGAUCGGUUGUGAGUGCCGUACAUGUGUGUGUGUGGGGGGGGGGGGGGGUUGUGUGUGUAUGAGUAUACGUGUUUGUGAGUGAGUGCGGUGGUGGGGGUGGUGUGUGCGUGUGCGCGCGCGCGUGUGUGUGUGUGUGUGUGUGUGUGUGUGUGUGUGUGUGUGUGUGUGUUGAUCUGUUUCAUUCAGAUCUUGUAUGUGCAUGCAGGCACAUGUGGGUGUAUAUCACUUGCACUGCAAGCACUUCUAGUUGAAGUAAGCCAGCCGCCCAGCGAGCAACCAACACUUUCAGCCUACAUGUGUGUAGAAGUGCCUAAUACAAUGCCAUAAAUGUGGUAUUGCUAGUGUUUAGACAUCAUCUGACCACCUUCUCCUUUCCUGCAUUAUUUUCAUAAUUUAGUACCUUCCAAGUUGAAAGACUGUUGGUUUACGCAUCCGA